GGAUAAACGAGAAUGAACCCGUUCUGACAAACCUUAAAAAAUAUCUAUGAAGAUACUGGCUGGAUCAAGUUUUCGCAGUGUCCCGGGCCUUCAUUUUCCACUGAGGUCUUCUGGCUGAGGUUAGGCGUUGUAGGUCUACUGUAGCAGAUAUCAAUCAGACAAACGGUAGGGUGACUUGAAUCGACUUUUAUUUGCCAAAUAAAACUACUUAAAAAAGCGAAAACGACAAAGUAUUACAUCUAAAUACUUUAAACUGGUUUUAUAUUUUUAACGGUAACGUAAAUACAUACGCGGUUUACUCGGUUUGGUAUUUUUUUUAUUUUUACAUGCGCUUAAAUAACGAUAUAAAUAUUAAAAUGUCGGGAAACUGCGCUGUAAUGUGCCCACGCAGUGUUUUCUCCACAAACAACGGCGCCGGGCGAAACUGCAAGGCUGAGAGGGGAGGGAGAGCAGAUCUCCGUCGCGGCUCGGAGCUCCUCGCACAUGGCAUCGUUGAUGGCACCCAGGUCACCAAUGCAGCGCAGAGUCGGUAUUCAUGUGCGAUUAAAUGUGCGCUGUAUUGCUAAACUAUUAAUACCCACUAAAAUCUUAACAACUGGUCCUUAACUAGUUUAUGAAUUCAACUAUUGUUUCGUGCAACAUAGCUAGGCUUCGCUUACCGACUGGUCGGAUUCUCGGAAGAUUUUAUAACCUCGUUUUAUUAGGCUACUGUCUUCAAUUAAGUAGAUCCUUUAGUAAAAAUUGUACCUUGGCGCCGCGCAAGAAAUUAGAGGUUUGGUGCGUCGGUCCGUUAAACGAUCGAGAACUUCCUUUAUUCUAAAUGUGAAAUUAUAGACCGCAAGAAGCUUUUCAACAUUUACGGUAUACGUUUACACGCACGAAACACCUUUAUGUAGUUGAACUGGUUAGAAAACAAAACUGUUUCAGCACUGGGAUUUUCGUUGUAAUUUACACUUGUACAUUUUCACUUGGUCACGGGAAAAUUCCCAUGUGAAAAUGUGGUGUUUAGAUUAACUAAAGGGAAGACACAUUUCUGACUAAAUUAAUCGGAAACCACACAUACACAUACAUAGUUUGCUUUUCUGAUUAAACAUCUUGUCAAACCAGGUGGCUUUCAACAUGUGUGAUACGUCCUCGCAAUUAAUAGCUCAAAAUUAUAAAAGUUUAAAUUAAACACAUUAUUUAGCAUUAUAAUUCUGCCGACAAAAAUGUAUGCACAAAUAAAUACAUGCAUAAUUGCAUAUCAUGAAUAUGCUUAAAAACGCUUUAUCUUAACGUCACCGUGCAGCUUGUAUUUAGCUUGUUUACAACUAACCGGGUAAAUUAUACAAGCCUACGUGAACCCCUUUUUCAUGGGGGUGGGCUGGGCUCUGACCCGCGGCUGUUUUUCUUCCCAAAUCGGUCUAGUUAUAUUACAUGCCCGAUCACUUGGAUUAAAUAAAUCAAACGACUGCAGCGCAGCCGAUAUUGACCUUUGGCUACAUUAAGUAUGUGCCGGGUAACUAUUCACAUGGUGGCACCCCUAAAACAGCAGCAAACGCGAGUCAGAUUUGGAGAGAAAGGCAGGCGAGCGCGAGAAGGGUCCGGGACAGUGGGCUCUACAACUGCUGUUUUUUAAGUGAUUUAGACAGUCAUGUGAUCGUAACGUAACGCGACCGGAAAACACCGACGACCAUCGCCGCCAAUGCUGCGUUCAGAGGAACAGAGCAGCUGCGAGCCCAGCGGACAAGUCCCCGGUAACAAACAGCGACACGCCGAAGAAGAGCGCAAGAGGUUGAAGAAUGGAGUUGGCCAACCAUGGUCUUGUCCUCCUGCAGCAGCUCAACGCUCAGAGGGAGUUCGGUUUCCUGUGCGAUUGCACCGUGGCCAUCGGAGACGUGUUCUUCAAAGCACACAAAGCCGUGCUGGCUGCCUUCUCCAACUACUUCAGGAUGCUCUUCAUCCACCAGGACAGUGACUGUGUGCGGCUGAAGCCUGCGGACAUCCAGCCCGACAUCUUCAGCUACCUCCUCAACCUGAUGUACACGGGCAAGCUGGCCCCGCAGCUCAUUGACCCGGCACGCUUGGAGCAAGGCGUCAAGUUCCUGCAUGCCUACCCGCUGCUGCAGGAGGCCAGCCAGACGUCCUUCGCCCACACAGAGCAUCCGCUGCCGCUGGCUGCGUCCCUCUACGGCAUCCAGAUCUCGGAGCAGCAGGCCGGCCGGCUGGCCUCGCGGAGCGGGCCGCCCUCGCCCUUUGACCUGGAGCUCCUGGCGGACGGGAAGGGCGCGGCGGGUCCCGAGGCCGGCGUCGGCGCCUACGGGUCCCCCAGGGAUGAUCCUGACCAGGAGAUGCCUGCUGUCACCACGGCGACCGUUCCCACGGUGGCAACCACCAAUGCCAUCCUGCACGUGAAGCCCAGCAUCAUGAAGAGGGGUGCCCAUUUCCGCAAGCACUACACGUGCCACCUGUGCGGUUCUCGCUUCACGCAGCGCUGCAACCUCAGGGAGCACCUGCUGCUGCAUGCCCCGGCCUCGGUACCCACGGCGAUGGCACCUCCGCCAACCGAGGUGGAGGAAACCGGGCGCGACCCUGCCAGUGACAGCGAGCAGCCGCCCCAACCCACUAUGGGCUCGCCCCAGCCCCAACUUGAGCUCCCCCAGCCCAUCACCGACAUAGGCCAGCCCCAGGCUGAGACGCCCCCCCCUUCGGACAUCGCUGACAUCGACAACCUAGAGAGCGGCGGGCUGGACCGCGAGGUGAAGCGGCGUCGUUACGAAUGCAACACAUGCGGCCGCAAGUUCAUCCAGAAGAGCCACUGGAGGGAGCACAUGUAUAUCCACACCGGCAAGCCGUACAAGUGCAGCGCAUGUGGGAAGAGCUUCUGCCGUGCCAACCAGGCCGCGCGCCACGUCUGCUUCAGCCAGGACCGACAGGGCGCCGAGCCCUGCGCCGAGGAGAACGGCCAGCCGGAGGCACUCUUCCUGGCCGCCGGCAGGCCAUACAAGUGUAACGUGUGCGAGACCACGUUCUCCAGCCCCAACGAGGUCAUCAAACAUCUCUGCUUCUCCCAGAGCACCCAGGGCUUCCCUAUACUGGACAGCCCCGGCGGCAUGCAGGGUGACGAGCUGCCCAAAGAUGAAGGUUCCGACUCUUCGAACACCGCGUCCCUCAUAACGGCCAUCAAAACCGAGGAGAUCUUAGUCGAAUAGAACCAGCCAAACAGAGUAAACCUUUUUGUUUUGUUUUUUUUGAAGCGAAACAUGGUCAGUACUUCCACUAAAAUGUAGAUUAAAUGUGACUUUCAGCAAAGGGCCUUUUCAGCUGAAAACAUUUUUCUUGUAGCAAGUUUUUUUUUUUGGAUGUGCGCCCCCUAGAGCCAGAAAGAAAAAUUGCAAGCACAUGCUCAAUACCUUAAUUUAUACCGAACGCUUCAUAAACAUUGAUUUGAAUACACAAGGCUGAAGAGCACCUUUUUGGGUUUUGCCUAUGAGCUAUUUACCAACAAAUACUGCUGCAGAAUAUUACCAAAAAGCACGGUGGAGUUGCCAUUUCAGCUGGUGGUUCAUCUGUAUUUGAACGUAUUAGUCAUCACCUUACCUCCCUACUAAAACUCGAACCCAUUUGCUUGAAACUGAGACCCAGCACCCUACUGUGACAGAACAAAAAUCCAAUCGCCUCCUGUAACGGGUCACUACACUGACACCAUCAUACAUACUCUGCUGUGUGUAAGGGGGGGGGGACAGGAUAGAAACGCGGAGUGUAUGCUGUGCCUCGCCCAUCUUGUUGGGUCAUAGGGUUUUUUUUGGGGGUGGGUUAGGACGUUAAUGAUGAUCUGCACUAGAAUAGUAUCACUGCAGUGGAAGGACAAUUUAUAAGAGAAAUCGUUUUCUAGGUCAUUGUACCCCUUGUUUAACAGUGUAUUUUCAGAGUAAAAUGACUACUGUUAUGUACACACUGGUUAAAUACGGUAAUUUUAAACCUGGGUAAUUUUUACAUUGAAUUUGUAGAGUUUUAUUGAGAUGCAUUUUGGAAUAAUCUUUCAUUCCCGACAGCAGAGCUUAAAACAAACAAAACAGCCCGUGCCCCUCGUUAGCCGGCAGUCACGGUAAAUGCCAUUUCUGGAGGCGCGCAGCCGUGUUGAUGGGAGGAAGUCGACCUGAUCACGAGCCCAACUUCCUGUUCCUUCCGCACAGGAACUGUUCCCCCCGUGCCAACAUUCAUUCUGAUGACUGCUCCAAUUGCAGGACGUUUGUCUUCGGCCGCUGCAGCGUCCGAUCGGUCUUUCUGGAACUCUGUUACAUCAUUUUAUUUAUUAUUAUUGUUUUUUUAAAGGAUGAUCUGAAAGCACACAUGUUGUACCAUGAGCUUGUACUGUGUUGUGCUUCUUGCCAACUUACCCUCUGGUCAUAUGCUCCAGUUCCCGAUGCCCAUAUAUUUUUUUGAUAUACCUUCCUAAUUUUAUAUACAGUACUAUAUUUACCAGAUAUAUUUUAUAUUGCUGAAGUUGUAUAUUGCUUUUAUGUAGAAAUAUGGUUGUCUAAUAGAGUAGAUGUUUUGUGUAAUUUUAUUUUUUAAAUUCAACACCCGUGUGUUUCACGACGAACAAAUAUUAGUGCAUCCAUACCGCUGUCAGAUGGCGUUUUAUGUGCCGUAGUGUUCAGUCCCUUUCACCGCAUGCAGGUUUCCGCUGGCGAGAGUGACUGUCCCCCGUUUAAGCACUAAAACUGUGGCCAACAGAGUCACGUGAGCAGAGCCCUCUUGGUAAAAUGGUAGUGAAAUGGAGAAGUGUCCUCAUUGGUCGGGUUUUUGGAAAAACACUGUACUUACCUACUGAUCUGUGUCUGCCCAAUAAGCAGCUUUUCGGCUAGCAAAUCUGGUUGUAGGCAGUUGUGGGAGCAGGCAAGGGCGGAGGUGGCUGACUUAGCUAAUCUGCAGUGGGUUUACGUGGCUGGCCGCCUAACCGUGACCCGGUCUGAGCUCCUGACAAUGGAAUCGAUGAGCACUGAGAAAUCGGACAGUUUUCAUGUCUCCUCGAAGGAACGUAUAUUUAUUUAAUGUAAGAACUCUGUGUGAAGGCAUUGUUUAAUUGAUACUACUGAUUGUUUUCAUUUUAAUAUGCUUCCCAGCUUGUGUAACGUUUCUUAUCCUAUCUGUUGGUUCAGGGGAGUGAAAAUGAGCCUUAUGUCUGUGUGUGACCAGACAAAUUGUUUUUCACGGGCAGGAAUUUCUCAUCAAUGUUUUUUUUUCCUGGACUUAUUUAUGCAACAUUUGUAAUUUCCUUUUCGGAGUCUUUGAUACGCACAGGUCAGGCAGGACGAGUCAUCAGCACUCUGACCCGAAGUCUGAAAGCAGUCAGGACACCCGCCGUGGUCUGUGAUCUCAGGAAUGUGCGCCGUCUCCUUUGUUUCCAUGGUGAAGAAUGGAAAAGUCAAUAAAUUUUAAAAAAAUCAGAAA